AUGGUAGCGCCGAGUUGCGUAGCCGACCGUCCAGCUGAGGUUGGGGAUUCAAGAAAUCAGAACUGGUACGAUGUCAUGACAGAGCGAAUUGAACGAGUAGACACUAACGAUAAAGGAGGCAGAAAAGAAGGUGGCGACACCGUGAGUGACACGACGUGUCUUCUGGAGCAGUUGCCGUGAGC